GUUCAAAGUUUUCUUCUGCACUUUUGGCAAGGGAUGCCUCCUCACAUGCUUCCUGUACUGGGUUCUUCCACUGUAGUAAAUAUAGUUGGAGUUUGUGAUUCCAUAUUGUAUAAAGCUAUUUCGGGGGUUUUGAUGCCAACCGUCUUGCAAGCAUUACCUGAUAGCUUAACGCAGGUGAUUCGCAAGUUUGCCAAGCAGUUGGAUGAAUGGCUAAAGGUAGCUCUGCAUGACUUGCCUGAAAACCUACGAAAUAUCAAGUUUGAAUUAUCCAGAAGAUUUUCUCAAAUUCUUCGGAGGCAGACAUCAUUAAACCAUCUAUGCCAGGCAUCAAGAACUGUGAUUCACAGUGCAGACAUUACAUUCCAAAUGCUGGAAGACUGGAGGAAUGUGGAUCUUAACAGUAUCACCAAACAAACACUAUACACCAUGGAAGAUUCGCAAGAGGAACACAGGAAACUUAUAAUACAAUUAUAUCAGGAAUUUGAUCAUCUUCUGGAAGAGCAGUCACCCAUUGAAUCAUACAUCGAAUGGCUGGAUUCUAUGGUGGAUAGAUGUGUUAUGAAGGUAGCUGCAAAAAGACCAGGUUCCUUGAAGAAGGUGGCUCCGCAGUUCCUCUUGAUGUGGUCCUGUUUUGGCACAAGAGUAAUUCGGGACAUGACUUUGCAUAGUGCUCCUAGCUUUGGAUCUUUUCACCUUAUUCACCUGAUGUUUGAUGACUAUGUGUUGUACUUGUUAGAAUCACUCCAUUGCCAGGAGAGAGCCAAUGAACUGAUGAGGGCGAUGAAAGGAGGAGCUGGAAUAGUUGAAGUACGAGAAGAGAUCAUAGUGGCAGAACCUGUUCCAUCCAGUCCCUCCCCAGUUGCUUUCUCUCCCGCGAAAUCUGCCACCUCGGUGGAUGUUCCAUCCGUACCUUCUCCUAUAAGCAAUCAGUCCCCAGAGUAUGCUGGCAUAGCAACCUCCACAGGGGCCAUGCAAUCCUACACAUGGUCUCUCACCUACACUGUAACUACAGCUGCUGGAUCACCUGCUGAAAACUCUCAACAACUGCCUUGCAUGAGAAAUCCUCAUGUUCCUCCUUCAUCUGUGACCCACAGGAUACCUGUUUAUCACCAUAGAGAAGAACAUGGGUACACAGGAAGUUAUAACUAUGGUACUUAUGGAAACCAGCACUCCCACCCGAUGCAGAGUCAGUAUCCAUCUUUACCACAUGACAGCACUAUUUCUGCACCCCUCCAUUACUCAGCUUAUCACAGGAACUCUUCACAGUACCCUUUCAAUAGCCCGUCUUCACGGAUGGAGCCCUGCUUGAUGAGCAGCACCCCAAGACUGCAUCCAUCUCCAGUUACACCUCGCUGGGCAGAGGUGCCUUCAGCAAACCCUUGUUAUACAAGUCCACCCAUGCAUUCCACAAGAUAUGGAAAUUCCAGUGACAUGUACACCCCAUUAACCACACGGAGAAAUUCUGAAUACGAGCACAUGCAACACUUUCCUGGCUUUGCCUACAUCAAUGGGGAAGCAACCACAGGAUGGGCAAAAUAA